ACGUGUAAAUCAGGAAGUGAUUUAACGCGGACACGCUGCUGUGUGUUGACAUCAGAGCCGGAGACAGAAAACAGUGUGUGUCUCCUCGUUAAUGACGAAGCAUCAUGACCCAACAUGUCCACCUCUGUGUUCUCCUGCUGGUCCUCCUUCUCCCUCCUGCUGCUGACUCCAGAAGAGAGAGAAGGAAUGUCCUCCUCAUCGUGGCAGAUGACCUGCGGACAUCACUGGGUUGCUACGGAGACCCUGUGGUAAAAUCACCAAACCUUGACCAGCUUGCGUCCAAAAGCCAAGUUUUUCUCAAUGCAUAUGCACAGCAAGCCGUGUGUGCUCCCAGUCGUACGUCCAUGUUGACCAGCCGCAGACCAGACACCACGAGGCUCUACGACUUCAACUCCUACUGGAGAGUCCACUCUGGAAAUUACACCACUCUGCCUCAGUACUUCAAAUCCAGAGGCUACUUCACCGCGUCUGUGGGCAAGGUUUUUCAUCCAGGAAUUGCCUCUAACCACUCAGAUGACUACCCAUACAGCUGGUCCAUCCCUGCAUACCACCCAGCCUCAUUUCAUUUCGAGAAAGAAAAGAUGUGUAAAGGAGAGGACGGUAAACUCCACGCCAACUUACUGUGUGCAGUGAAUGUGACGGAGCAGCCUGGGGGAACCCUGCCUGACCUGGAGAGCACAGACGAGGCCGUGAGGUUACUGAAGAGCUGGGCCAACGAUGAUGUUCCGUUCUUCUUAGCUGUGGGAUUUCACAAACCACACAUUCCCUUCAGGAUACCACGGGAGUACCUGAGCCUAUAUCCCUUAGAGGAAAUGACCCUGGCCCCUGACCCCAGUGUCCCAAAACUCCUCCCCCCUGUGGCCUACAACCCAUGGACCGACGUGAGAAAGAGAGACGAUGUCCAAAAACUAAACAUCAGCUUUCCUUACGGACCAAUUCCCAAAGACUUCCAGCUGCGGCUCCGUCAGCAUUACUAUGCUGCUGUGUCUUACAUGGACGCUCAGGUUGGACGGCUGCUCAGUACUCUGGACGAUCUCAGGCUGGCUGACGACACUAUGGUGGUGUUCACCUCAGAUCAUGGUUGGUCAUUAGGAGAACAUGGAGAAUGGGCUAAAUACUCUAAUUUCGAUGUGUCGACGCGUGUCCCUCUCAUCUUUUACGUCCCUGGUGUCACAACACGCCAAGAUUUUCUGGGAGUGUCUCCUUUCCCCUUUAUUGAUGUCUUAACCAAAUCAGAGUACAGCUUUAAGAAUGACAAAGUUAGAAGAAACGUUGUGGAGUUGGUGGAUGUGUUUCCCACAGUCGCCUACAUGGCCGGCCUCCGCGCACCUGAACCUUGUGAUGAUGUUUCUUUUCAGGAGGAGCUGUGCACAGAGGGAGACAACCUCGCCUACACUUUCCGACACAGAGAAAGAGGAGAGGACGAGGAAGCGGUAUCUUUUAGCCAGUACCCUCGACCUGCUGAUACACCACAGGUGAACUCAGACCUCCCUGACCUUAAAGACAUAAAGGUCAUGGGUUACUCUCUACGCACCUGGGACUACAGAUACACACUGUGGCUGGGAUACAACCCGAAAACAUUUCAGGUGAAUGUGACUGACGUCCAUGCUGGAGAGUUGUACAUGUUAGCAGACGACCCCGGGCAGGACAAGAACGUCUACAGCGACACGGAUCACAGUGUGAUCAUGAGGAAGAUGACCAGCCUGCCUCAUACUGUGACUCUGCAGACGAGAAUGAAGCUGCAGCUCCUCUACCUCACAGCAGGGAUGAAGAGGAACAGUGGGAAAGCGUGAUGACGAGAAUAAACUACAACAGAUGGACGGAUGAGGACAAGUACAAAGGGAAGAUGGAUGGAUGAAAAACUUUGUCUGGAAAGGAGGAAUUCCUCUGAUAAUUCUUUUAACACAACACACUUGAUUCUGUAUAUUCUGCGACCACCGUUAAUCUUUAAAGCUCAGUUCUUCCGGCUAAUGUUCCGUGUUAAGAACUCGUCAGCAGACUGGAGUCAAAACAUGAGUGAAGUGAACAAAAGAGCAUAUGUGCUGUUAGUUUCAAGACAUGAAGGAGUUUAGCAAAGAAAUAAUUUACAUUUUGACAAAGAGAAACAUCUUUAUAUAAACAGAAACUCUUCCUCUAACUAAACAGAGCCAGUGUUUUCAGUGACGGGCCUCUUCACAGCUGCUGUUCAUGUCUGUAUCUACUUACUUGUGUGGAGGAAAUGUUAUGGUGUUUAUUUAGUCUCAAAAUUUGCAAGUGCAAAACAAUGUGAGGAAUCACUUCUGCUCCGUGUGCACGACGAGCGAGGGACUGGCGACGGUGUCGUGCACAUGGAGCAAAAAUGAUCGUGUGUGAGGGUUUCUUUCGCUAGCAGAUGCUGAUCUGUGCGCUUUCAGAGUAGAUCCUCCCUCCUGAGUGUGGGUUUUUUUGUGCGGGAAUUUUGAGACUAAAUAUCAUGUCUAAAUUUCAAUGGCAGCAGGAACAGUUAUUUUUUUCUGUCGAAAAUUUAACAGCUAGUUAGCUUAGCUUGAACACAACGCAAAAAUAUGUUUAGUUUCUACGAAAUUGCAGUACUUGUUGAAAAUUCUUAUAUUUCAACUGCGAUAAAUAUUUUAAAUAGUAAUAGUCAGACGCAUUGGUAAGUAGUAUUGUAAACUUUGGACAGAGCCUCGCUAGCUGUUUCCUCAGGAGUACUUCCUUUUUGCCGAGUUAAUCGUGAGACAAUAAUGCUCAUAUCUAGUGUUCACAUAUGAAUAAAGUGUAGAUAUAAUGCUGGAUGCACAGCCUCCUGACGGACAGCUCUGAUUGGCCAUGAAUUCACUACCCCCUCUAUGAGGAGACACUUUACGAGUCUUUUCAUCAGAAGCAAUAUCGAAGAAACCUGAAGAUUUAGAUCUUUUGAUUCACAGCGACACCAAUUUCCUUUUUUCUGGAUCAAGUGUUCAUCAUAUUGAUCGUUCAGUCAGCUUCAGGUGUCGUCUCCACUUUAAAGCACAACAGCUAAAGAGUGCUUGAAUAGUUCUGUACAGUGGUGUGAAACAAAAUGACAUUUCUAUUUGCACUUGACGUCCCUCACAGCUAUUUGCCUCAAAUAGUCGGUUCAGAUCAAUUUGUGGAAUUGAAAUGAAGUGAGUAAAAGCCAUAAUAAUUCAACGCAAAUGAAACUGAGCAUUUUACUGCUGCUCCAAUGCGUGAACAUUUUGGUGCUGUGGUAAUUUUAGAAGAGUCAUUCCAGCUUGAAUUUCAGGUUCAGCAAUGAAUCAAAGGGAUUUGGUCUGACAACUUAUAUUGUGGGCUGCCCUGUCCUUGUGUUAAUGGGAUACAGUUGAAUCAUGGUAUCAGCAGGGCUCUUAUCAUAUGUGAGGUUGUUGGGGGGGUGGAAAUGAAUUGGAACAUUUUUGCCUUGUUUCCUCUUAUCAGUGGAAAUCAUUGUUGAGAGAAUUUAUUUCUUCCCAGGAUGACCUCCGCCCUAGUGAGAAUUUUUCCAGUGGUUUGCCUGUGCUCUGUGUCCUCUUACUUUAACAUGUGGAACAAUGGACAUAAUCAGUAAUGUAUACUGUCCAUACAGAUGCCCACAAUGGAAAAAUCAACUUGAGUGUGGUUUGUGUUUGAGCGUCUUUAAGCUCCAUGUUUCUGAAGGGAAAAUAAAUGCUGUAAAUCUUGAGCUUGGCAACAACACAUUAAUAUAUUCAUGUCACUUUUGAUUGGCUUGUAAUAAAAAAUAAAAAUGUUUUUCUAUAAUGCAAGCAGCAGUUUACUUUUUUUGUAACUUAUGAUCACAACCUCCUCCAGUGUUUGUGUCCUGCUGCAGAAACU